ACCGAAAAAGCUGGCCUUAUUACACCACAGCUCCCUCGGUUUCUCAUAAGAAGUAUCGCCGACUCGCCACGCACGCGCCCACGCACGCAUACAAAGGAAAACCCCCAAACAGAGCAAGACUACUACUUGGCGAUCUCCACGAUGCUCUGCGAUCUCUCUCUCAUUGCUUAAUACCCCCCCUCCGCUCAACCCACUCGCCUAGCCUUUCUAUCCCUAGUAGAUCAUUUUCUAGGGAUCUCAGAAGAUUUUUCCCGGAGAUCUAAUUGGGGGAUUCGGCCGAGAAUUCGGAGAAAUCGGGUUUCGGAUUCGGGGAAUGGCUUCGAUAUCUCAUUGUCCGGUUGCGUUCGGCGGAGCUUCGGCUUCAGAUCUUCUCGGGAGCUCGAGCAACGGCGUCAGUGGCAUGCCUCUGAGAACCCUAGGGAGGGCGCGAUUGGGCACGAGGAGGAGGGAUUUUGCGGUCGUCGCGAAGAUGAGGAAGGUGAAGAAGCACGACCAUCCGUGGCCCGAUAAUGCGGAUCCGAAUGUCAAAGGUGGGAUCCUCACCCAUCUCUCGCAUUUCAAGCCGUUGAAUGCGAAGCCCAAGCCAGUAACUUUGGAAUUCGAGAGACCGCUUCUCGAUCUGGAGAAGAAAAUCAAUGAUGUCCGGAAGAUGGCGAAUGAAACUGGUCUGGACUUCAGCGAUCAGAUUAUUUCGUUGGAGAAUAAAUAUAAGCAGGCGUUGAAGGAUUUAUAUACACAUCUAACUCCCAUACAGCGCGUGAAUAUUGCCCGGCAUCCUAACAGGCCAACUUUCCUCGAUCAUGUGUUUAGCAUUACUGAAAAUUUUGUGGAGCUUCAUGGAGAUCGGUCUGGGUACGAUGAUCCUGCUAUUGUUACUGGUAUAGGAACCAUAGAUGGUAGGAGGUACAUGUUCAUGGGUCACCAAAAGGGUAGAAACACAAAAGAGAACAUUCAGCGGAACUUUGGGAUGCCUACUCCCCAUGGUUAUCGGAAAGCUCUACGCAUGAUGUACUAUGCAGAUCACCAUGGGUUCCCUAUAGUUACUUUCAUUGACACCCCAGGGGCAUUUGCAGACCUUAAAUCUGAAGAACUAGGCCAAGGUGAAGCCAUUGCACACAAUUUAAGAACUAUGUUUGGUUUGAAGGUACCCAUUGUUUCUAUUGUCAUUGGGGAAGGUGGCUCUGGUGGUGCCCUUGCCAUUGGCUGUGCUAAUAAAUUGCUAAUGCUUGAAAAUGCAGUUUUCUAUGUUGCCAGUCCAGAAGCAUGUGCAGCAAUCUUGUGGAAGACUGCCAAAGCCGCUCCAAAGGCAGCUGAGAGGCUAAAGAUUACUGCUCCAGAGUUGUGCAAGCUGCAGAUUGCUGAUGGCAUUAUCCCUGAGCCACUUGGCGGUGCACAUGCAGAUCCAUCUUGGACCUCACAACAGAUAAAAAAAGUCAUUAAUGAAUCAAUGGAUGAGCUCAUGAAGAUGGACACACAAGAGCUUCUGAAGCAUCGCAUGCUCAAGUUCCGAAAAAUUGGUGGGUUUCAAGAAGGACUCCCUGUAGAUCCUAAGAAGAAAGUCAACAUGAAAAAGAAAGAAGAACCCACCAGGAAGACUCCUGAUCUAAAUAUAGAGGAUGAGGUCAAAAAACUUAUGCAGCAAAGAUUGGAUGCCAAGGAGCCAUCUGUCACACCUCCACUGUCGGGUAUGGAUGAGAUGAUAGAAAAACUGAAAAGAGAGGUUGAUCGUGAAUUUUCUGAGGCUGUUAAAGGCAUUGGGUUGAAGGACAGGCUCAUGACGUUGCGUGGGGAAUUUUCAAAAGUAAAUUCACCGGACCAACUUGUGCAUCCGACCCUUAAGGGCAAGCUCGAAAAGCUUCGGGAUGAGCUCAACCAGGGCCUAUCUGCAGCUCCUAACUAUGAAAGCUUGAAAUACAAGCUUGACAUGUUGAAAGAAUUAUCUAAAACCAAGAGUCUUGCUGAAAAGAGUAAUAAGGGUGCCACAUUAAAGCAGGAAAUCAAUAAAAAGUUUGCAGAAGUCAUGGAUCGGCCUGAUAUAAAGGAGAAAUACAGGGCACUGAAGGCUGAAAUUGAAAAUGUUGGGGUGUCUACAGUUCAGGAUUUGGACCAUGAGCUGAAGGAGAAAGUUGUAAAGGUGAAGAAAGAGAUAGAGUUGGAAUUGGCUAAUGCACUCAAAUCCUUGGGUUUGGAUGUUGAGGUUGUGAAGUUAAAAGCAAAGGAGCUCAGUGAACAGACUUCAUUCUCAGAUGUCAAAGUCAAGAUAGAAGAGUUGAAUGAAGAAAUUAAGGAAGGAAUUGAAAGUGUUGUCAAGUCAUCAGAUCUGAAAGAAAAGAUUGAGCUACUGAAGUUGGAGGUUGCAAAGGCAGGAAAGACGCCUGAUGCGGUGUCCAAAAAUAGAAUUGCAGCUUUGGAGCAACAAAUUAAGCAGACCCUUGCAGAGGCCUUGGAUUCUUCAAACCUAAAAGAGAAGCAUGAGAAGCUCAAGGCAGAGAUUUCCAAAACCAUUGAAUCUUCUGGAGGAUUGGAUGGAAGUUUGAAAACACAAUAUGAACCAAGAGUAGAGAUGAAUGUAGGUGCAAAUCGCACCUUUGCUUAAUUAUGAUAUCAGUAUGUUGCUUGAUAUCUUGCUUAUGAAGGGUGGUUUAGAGACAAAUGGAGGUGAUCGAUAAGAUAGUUGAAGCUGCACUAAUUCGAAUGAAAGCAUUGACCUUCAGCUGUCUUCACCACCACCAGCAUCUAUUGCUAUUUCUUUUGAUUCACAAGGUUUUUGCAUCUACAAUCAUCAAGAGACACAGCAUAACUGCAUAUUUUUCAGCCAGAAAACUUAGGUUGUUACAAUUUAGCACCUCUCCUGUUCCUCUUCUUCGUUCUUUUCUCUUUUUGGUAGAACAUGUACUCUUUCUAUUCAUAGACAGAAAACUUUGUAUAGAUGGAGCGAGUGCUAAGGUUCCAAAUAUUUGAAAUAACAUGCCUUUUGGUUAA